AUGGCCGGGCCACGCUGUGCCAUUGAAACCCAUCACCUCAAGAUCGAUAUAGAUUUCGAUCGCAUUCUCACAAUCACCUUCCCGCACACAUCUUGGGCAAUGUCGUACAUGAAACACCUUCAAGACAGAGCCUACCAUGAAAACUCGCGAGCACGCCGGGAUGACGAUUAUACCGUCAGUAUGAAACUGCCAAAGAAUGUCGACCGUAUGCACAUUGGGCUCUCAACGAGCGCCGAGGAGGGUGGUGCUGUAUCCCUCGUCUUCGAAAACAAGCAGUGUGCUAGCGAUUGGCUAGACAACUCGCCACUGUGGGAGAAGUCACGCUCAAGCUCACCUAGCGCCGAGAUGUCGUCCGUGAUUAGGACGAGGUGGACACAUCAGGACUUUGAGAACCGCAUGGCUAUGAGCUCAUUGGGCCGGAAAAGGGAACCUGAAGCAAGAGUGACGGAUCUUGCGGGGAAUCCCUUCGUUGAACAUGAUGUGCUAGACCUGGAAAACCGAAGGGAUCAUUACCAACGCCGGUUGCCUAAGAAGCCGUUCUGGAAGCUGGGAUGA